CUGCAACCUACAAGUGCGGCGAUUGUCAGAAUUAAUCGUCGGGUAGUGCGAACGUAAAGAGAGCCAAAGAAAGACAAUGGUACCUACGAGCACCAUCGGCGGUCCGAUGGAACUCACUCUACGGCUGAUUGGUAUCUGGCCGGACUCCUCGUACAAAAAUUUGCAGCUUGUCCUUUGGACCAUGAUGAUGCUGACUUCGCAGAUUUUUCAGUACUGGUACCUCUUCACUCACAUUGGCUCCGACACCUUGCCGGAUCUCUUGGACUGUCUGAGUCUGUGCUUCUCGAACAGCCUACUGUUUCUGAAGUUGAACAUCCUUUGGUGGAACAGACGUAUUAUUUUCGACAUUUUUGCGACAAUGAUCGAAGACUGGAACGUGUGCACAUCGGUCAGUUCAAAGACGCAAAUGAUAAACAAAGCAAUUUUGUCUCAUCGGUUUUCGAAAUGCAUCAUCGGUGCGUAUACAAUGACUCUGAUAUUAUUAGGGACAAGUAACGUACUGGCUCAGAAAAGCGCGGGCUCCGAUCAGGCUGACGAGGAAAGGCAGCUUUUCGUUAAAAUGAGGUUGCCGUUCGAGUACAGCGUGUCGCCAACUUACGAAAUUGUCAUCAUAACGCAAUUUCUUCUGCAAUACACGUUAGCGAUCAUGGCGGGAAUGUUGAACAUUUUCAUUGUGACAUUAAUCCUUCACAUUGCCGGUCAGAUCGAGAUAAUGUGUCAGGGAUUGCUGGAAAUGCUGGUAGCCAAGGACAAACCGCACAUAGCUACGUUGAGAGAUCUCGUGAUCAAACACCAAAGGAUUAUUAAAUUUGCGGAUAAUAUUGAGAAUGUAUUUUGCUAUACAGCGCUAUUACAAUUUUUGUCAAACACGCUCGUUAUUUGCUUUUUAGGACUCUUGAUUGUCACCUCGCUCGAUUCCAACGAGGUGCUGAUAAAGGCCAUCCCUUAUUACGUCGUCGUGAACAUAGAAGCGUUUAUACUUUGUUUUACCGGAGAAUAUUUAAGCUCGAAGAGCAGAUCCAUAACUCAGUCCGCGUACGCAUCGCUCUGGUACAAAUUGAAACCUGCUGAAAGCAGAAUCCUGAUGCUGUUGAUAGUGAAGUCGCAGAAGCUGUUGACAAUGACAGCUGGAAAAUUCGUCGAUUUAUCUCUGGAGAGUUUUACAAGCAUCCUGAAAGCUUCGGCGUCUUACGUGUCGGUGUUACACGCUAUGUAUUGAAACACAAAGCUGUCAAGUGUGAAACACGACUUGACAACGUAUUCCUGACGCACUCCUGAAGUGGAAGUCUUAACUAAUAAUAUAGGAAAAAUUAUAAACCAAUCUUUAAAAGGAUCAUGCACAUAGAUGUAUUUUUUUUGUAUACCU